CGGGCGCGGUUCCUUUUGUUGUUCCCCGUGAUGGAUGAAGAAACUGCAUCAGCUUUUGCUGUUGAGGAGUUUGAGAAGGUUUUAUUGGAAUUCGACAUGCAGGAUUUCACACCAGAAGCGGGAGAAUCCCAAGAGGUGCCCGAGACCAAUACAUCAACUCCGGCAGAGAAGACCUCACCAGAUUUAACCGUGGUUGGUAGUUUCGUGCCCGUUUCGGCUUCUGUGGCAGAUGCCGUUGAAGAUGUGUUGGAAAAGGAGACUAUUUCUGAUUCAACUGUAGAGAUGGAUUCAGCAUCUCGUGACCCACAUUCAGCCCCAGAUUCAGCUCUGGUGGAGGCGUCAGAGACUGAAGGAGCGCGUGCUGGAGAGUCAUUGUCAGGUUCUGUUGUUCAAUCGACCUGCAUGUCUGAUUCAGAUGGGACUUACAUGAUCCCAGAUCCAGAGUGGGUGACGGAGAGAGAUGCUCUUCUUGCGGAUUUGGAGUCCACAACCUCCCACAUUUCCAAGCAAGCUGUUUUUCUGCCAGAAGAGACGCCAUAUUCCUACCCCACAGGAAGUGACUCUUAUCAGGACGUGUCCUCCCCACCUCGAGUAACUUCCCCUCCUGCUGAAACACUGAAUGGAUCUUGGGUAGAACAGCCGGAAUCAAAGCACUCUUCGACCCAGUCGGCUCCGAAAAACGCCAGUCCUCGCGUGUCUCAGUCGGACGAAGAGCACGUCUAUAGUUUCCCCAACAAGCAGAAGACUACUGACUCCCCCACCAUUGCCGCCAUGAGCUCAUCACUGGGCAGUAACCUAUCGGAACUGGACCGUCUGUUGCUGGAGCUCAACGCCGUACAGCACAGCACACCAUCCUUCGCUACUGAAGAGACCUACCCACCUAAACCAGCCAGCAACGCUCAGCGCUAUGUCCCAGAAAACGGUGUUUCAUCAGUAGUGAAAGCCCCUCCUCCAAAGUUAGAGAAACCCAAACGCAGUGCACCCGGUCGGGGGAUAGAAGACGUCAGACCCAGUGUGGAGAGCCUGUUAAACGAUUUGGAGAGCUCAGUGCCGGCCCCUGCACCCGCCCCAUCAGUGCCGAUGGUUCCUGAGUUGAGAGAAGUUCAGGAAGAGACUCCCACCCAGCAGCAGGCCCGAAUCUCAGCCUCCUCAGCGACGCGGGAACUCGAUGAACUCAUGGCUUCACUGUCUGACUUCAAAGUUCAGAGCAAUAUUAUGGCUCAGGGCAAGAGUUCCCCCACCAGUGUCCCGAAGCAGGGGAAUAAACUGGAUAACAUGUUGGGCAGCCUGCAGUCAGACCUCAACCGCCUGGGUGUCCAGACUGUAGCCAAAGGCGUUUGUGGAGCCUGCAAGAAACCAAUCGCUGGCCAGGUGGUGACAGCAAUGGGUCGGACGUGGCAUCCAGAACAUUUCGUGUGUACUCACUGUCAGGAGGAAAUAGGCUCCAAAAACUUCUUUGAGCGAGACGGCCAGCCGUACUGUGAAAAGGACUACCACAGCCUCUUCUCUCCACGCUGUUACUACUGCAAUGGACCCAUUCUGGACAGGGUGGUGACCGCAUUAGACAAGACUUGGCAUCCAGAGCAUUUCUUUUGUGCCCAGUGUGGGUCAUUCUUUGGGCCUGAGGGUUUCCAUGAGAAGGAGGGAAAGGCUUACUGUAGGAAGGACUACUUUGACAUGUUUGCCCCUAAAUGUGGCGGCUGUGCCCGUGCUAUCCUGGAGAACUACAUUUCGGCCCUCAACUCUCUCUGGCACCCAGAGUGUUUUGUCUGCAGGGAGUGUUUCACUCCAUUUGUGAACGGUAGUUUCUUCGAGCACGAAGGGCAGCCGUACUGUGAGGCUCAUUACCACGAGCACCGCGGCUCUCUCUGCUCCGGCUGUCAGAAACCCAUUACCGGCCGCUGCAUCACCGCCAUGGGCAAGAAGUUUCACCCCGAGCAUUUCGUCUGCGCCUUCUGCCUGAAACAGCUGAACAAGGGCACAUUCAAAGAGCAGAACGACAAACCCUACUGCCAAAACUGCUUCGUCAAGCUCUUCAGCUAGAACCUGAACGCGUUCCAUCACACAGGCCCACGGGUCGAGUUUUAAUAUUGUGUCAUCUUGUGGUGAUAGUGAGCAUUACACCAGCUUGUUCCUGUGCCAAAGCACUGUCAGACAAGUGUAGAUCUUCAGGGAGGCCAUUACGAUUUUUAACAGCCUUUUUAAACGCUUCCCCUGGAUCCAGAUGUUAUCAGAGACUAGGUCUUUAAAUCGCGUGGAGCUAUUUUCGAUAUUAUCGACUGCAUCGGACAAAUCAAGAUCUAUUUUUGUACUUGUUACACACACAUUGAGCUUAACUUGAACAUUACUAUGUACACAUCUCUUUGCACAUUUCAGGCUGCUUUCUAGGAUAACAGCACACUUUAUUUUAUUUAGCGACUUUUCUCCAUUGGCAUUUCUUAAAGGUGCAAUAACAGCUUGAAAUCAUCAAAAUCUCAAUGUGUAUUUUUAUAAUUUUUGGUACUUGAGAGUUUGUUCAGCCCUGACCCUAUUGUGCAUGCAUAUCUCUGUCUUAUCACUUUAUAAAGUGUGCUUUUACUUUUUUUUGUUGUUUUUUUGUUGUUGAUCGUUUCUAUUUUUUAUAUUCAUGGGUUGUUUCUGUUCUUCUGGAUGGCUGGAGUGGUUUUAACUUCCAUCCUUAUGCCUUUAUGAGAGUUUAACUGUGGAACCGAAUCACUUCUGCUGUUAUAAUACUUAUUUUAUUCUUAUAAAAAGCCUUCUUAAAGAUACCAGUGUGGGCCCUGAUGCCCAUUUCCUCCAGUAUGUGGUGUUCAACAAUGUGCCUAUUGCCACCGGGCAUAAUGUGUGAUUUUUCUUACAAUGUUUUUUUUCUAUAUAAUUUUGUGAUUGACUUUUCUCCUCUUUUCCAUUCAUCUGAUUUCCUACUGUAUGCAAGUAAAUAUAUUAAAGUCUUAUGAAUUAUUAUUGAUGGCGAAAGCUUUAACUUUUUCCUCCCGUUUUAGUAAUUUAAUGUUUUUCUUCUUCAGGAUGAUGUCAUAUUUUAUUUUAAAUUGAAUGAUGACAUGCACAUUGUAUUUAAAACAUGGGGUUUAAAUGGACAAAUGUACAAGGCAUUGAAUAAAUACCAAAAUCUCAUUGACUGA